GGGAGCAGAACGAAAAGGGGAUCUGCAAAAAGGGGAUCUGCGAAAAGGGGAGCAACGAAAAGGGGAAACGCACAAAACGCAAUUUUUCUCACGCAGCGCACGUUGAUUUUUGAAAUUUUCUUCUAGAAGAUACGCUUAACAACACGCGACGCGUAACAUCGGAGCAUCGUUGUAUCGUUUUCUUCGAGAAAAAUAGCGUUUGGCACAGUGCCAGAUCCCCUUUUCGUUGCUCCCCUUUUCGUAUCUCCCCUUUUCGUAUCUCCCCUUUUCGCAGAUCCCCUUUUUGCAGAUCCCCUUUUCGUUCUGCUCCCCUUUUCGUGGAAAUAUCAUGGAAAAAACGUGCGAGGCUUGCGAAAAAAGUGUGCGGUGGUUGCGAAAUAGUCCCUGCCCCUACUCACGCGUGGCCACGUGGCACACGUAGCGAUUGAAAUAAACAAAUUAUAACUUAAAUUAGUUUGUGAAAUCGGUUUCUCUCCGACACACGCGUCACACAAAAAUGCGUAUUUUGCGUAUUUUGUUUUCAUUGGUAAUCUUCGGAUUAAUAGUUCAUGUAUUACCAACAACCACCACACCAAAUGUGCCUGUUUCCGCCGCUACGAACACUUCAAACGUGACCGCUCCUGCCGGCAAUUCGACAAAAAGUCCUAAUGCGACCGCUCCUGCCGGUAAUUCGACGAAAAAUGUAAACGUGACCGCUCUUUCCGCCAAUACGACGCAGCUUGCUCUUGUGAGCUCGGCGAGCCCUGAAACCUGCAAAAAUGGAAACGGCACACACUGCCCGUCACGCACGAUCAGUUUUCACAAGGACACGCCGAAGUACAUCGGAUGUGGCAUCCUGAUCGCCUUCGUCAUUUUCCACAUUUUUUUGUAUUUCUACCUCGAGGAUCAGAAGGCGAGGGAGCAGAAGAAGUAUUUUGAAGAGCUCAUCGCUGAGCAGAUGGCGGCUAGGAAGCGAGAAGAACAAGACGAAAAGCAGCACGAGGAUGAGGAGAUGCUGUGUCGUUUGCGAAUUGGUGUCUCUAAGGACCGGAAGCGAGAAGAACAAGACGAUCAGCAGCACGAGGAUGAGGCGCCGGAAGCGGUCGUCACUGUGGACAAGCCACGCGAUUGAAGUUCUUCUGAGCCCCCGACCGCCUCUCAACUUACUUUUGAUUUUCCCCCGUUUUUAGGUCCUUUAUUUUUCUAUGGAGCCCCAUUUCCCCUUUUCUAUGCUCAUCGUUCCCCACAAUUGUAUUAUUUAUGACCUCGUAUAGUCCCAUUCAUUUUUCAAACUCCCCGUCCGUAUUUAUUUCCCCACACAAUUUCACUUUUAUUACUUUUCUCUGACAAUAAUUUUUUUUGUCAAAUUUUGUUUCUCUUUCGACAUCAAGGAACUUUCAGUUGAAUGAUUUAGUGGAUUUAGUGAUUUAGUGGGUUACUGUAGCUCUUAAAGGCGCACUCAUUUUUUACUUCAGGUGUUAUAUUUUUUAAUUCAGGUGUUUCUAGGAAGUCUGUUUGCCAUCAUAUUUUAUCAGAUUUUUUUGGCCGAAAAAUUUGUUAGUCGAUGCACCAUGAGUUAUUCUCCUGAAUUUUCGUCGUUUUGAAGGUUUUUUCGAUGCACCAUGAGCUUCUCAGUGUUUCUAACAUAUUUUUUAUAUAUAUUUCUAAAGAGAUUUUUGUUGUACUAUCCAUUAUAUAAAGAUAAUGUUCAAACUA